AAGCACUACUUCAGUGGAAAGCAUAAGCUGUACGGAUUCAAGAUUGAGGCAUCCAUCUCACCUGAAGGGCUCCUUGUCGACAUGAGUCCGAACGAGCCUGGCUCUGUGUUCGACUUGACUAUGUUCCGCAACCGGUUUGACGACCACUUGCAAGCGCUGUCCAAAACAGACAAUGAAUUAGCCAUGAACGUCAACGGCGAGCUCUUCCGUGAACAUGUUACCUCUUGGGCUGUCCUUGUAGAGAAAGGAUACAUUGGUCUUGCACCCCUGGUGCGCGCCAUUCACCCUAAGAAGAAGCCUGUCGGUGGUGUGUUAGACCGACAUGGCAUGGACAGAAACAAGGAAGUGCCGUCUGAUCGCGUUGUCGUCGCGACAACGCGGUCAGACGGCACUUCUUUGGUCGUGUGA